UGUGGUUUUGAAUGCAGGUGAAUCAUCCUGGCCAAAAGGCUUGUAGUACUCGGCGUUAAAAAGGCGUGGAGCAACUUGUUUGCAUGUGGUGUGUCAGGUUUUUGCGCAGGGCGGUGCAGCAGCCGCUUCUAACCGGAGCAGGAGGGCUGGACUCUGGAUCCAGCGCCUCCAGUCUGACAGCGGAUGCCGCAGUUAUUGCGCUCCUGUGUUUGCGCUGCUCUGCGGAGACCGGCUGCUGUUGUGCUUAUGCGUAGCACGAGACUUUGGAGCUCGUUUUUCAUGGCUAAUGGCGAAACAAGAGGACUUUCCUUUCAGAAGCCAGACUUUUCAGUACCUGAAACUUGACGUCGGCUGCAGGUAACCCACCUGGAUCUGUCAUGAAAGGACAGAGGAGUCACCAGUUCACAUAUUUAAACUGUAGGAUAUAACUCUUCACUGCGGACAGAAGCUGCUCUGUCUGUCUCCGUUUAUUUUGUUGAUAAGACUGUGUUGUUCCCGUGAGCUCAAUCAUUGAUCAUGGUUGGUGGAGGAGUUGCUGAUGUGGCCCCAACAGCCGCUGUCAAGAUCUUUGCAGCGGGAACAGCUGGCUGUGUGGCAGACCUGGUCACCUUCCCUCUGGACACAGCCAAAGUCAGACUGCAGAUCCAAGGUGAAACCAAGCCCUCACUGGAAGGCCAGAGGGUGAAAUACAGGGGUGUGUUUGGCACCAUCUUCACCAUGGUGAAGACUGAGGGCCCGAGGAGUCUGUACAGUGGACUGGUGGCAGGGCUGCAGAGACAGAUGGGCUUUGCCUCAGUCCGCAUUGGCCUGUAUGACACCAUGAAGCAGUUCUACACCAGAGGGUCAGACAACGCAGGAGUCGGGGUUCGGCUGCUGGCGGGCUCCACCACAGGGGCAAUGGCAGUGACCUUCGCUCAGCCCACUGAUGUGGUGAAGAUCAGGUUCCAGGCUCAGGCCCGCCUGCCUGAGAGCGGCUCUGUGAAGAGAUACAACAGCACCAUGGACGCCUACAAGACCAUCGCCAGGGAGGAGGGCAUGAGAGGGCUCUGGAAAGGUUGCAUGCCAAAUAUAGCUCGUAACGCCAUCGUGAACUGCUCCGAGCUGGUGACCUAUGACAUCAUCAAAGAGCUCAUCCUGAAGUACCACCUGAUGACAGACAACAUGCCGUGUCACUUCACAGCUGGCUUCGCAGCAGGUUUCUGCACCACCAUUGUAGCAUCUCCUGUGGAUGUGGUGAAAACACGCUACAUGAAUUCACCACCUGGGAAGUACAGCGGUGCUAUGAACUGUGCCUUAACCAUGCUGAUCAAAGAGGGACCCACAGCUUUCUAUAAGGGAUUCAUGCCUUCGUUUCUUCGUCUGGGUUCCUGGAACAUUGUGAUGUUUGUGAGCUACGAGCAGAUUAAGAGAGCUGUCAUAAGAUUUCAACAGUUCUGGGAGUCUCCGCCCCGACCUAUCUGACAACUGGUUUGGCCCUGAGUUGGUGUUACUGCUGUGGCAAAGCCAGGACUGUCUGUAUCAAGAAGCAUGUGCUUAAGAGAGACAGUGUGGUUAUGGCUGCUGCUGGGCUGGACCUGCUCUCCCUCAGGGAUAUAACUCGUGUGUCGUUUAAAGAAGCUGUACUCAAAAGAAAAACUGCAGGGAUGAUUUAUGUUAAAUUGUUACUGACAUGCGCACAAUAUAGAUUUUUUUUUUUUAGCAAUGUUUCUUAUAGUAUUUUUAAUCUGCCUUUUUCACAGAAGACAUUUUAAGUAAGAAAAUCACAGGUGUAAAUACUAAGAUCAAUGAUGGCUGAAUUCCAUUUAGCUGCUUCAGUUUCAGGGUCCUGGUAUUGUGCAUGCUGGCUCACUGUCACGACUUACUUAAAUAGAACAGAGGCAUUGAUAAUGUUGUUAGUGACAAUUGCACUUUUCCUAUGAUGACAAGUCAAAAUAUCUGCUGAGAAAAAGACCUGUUUACAGAGUCCAGUCUGUUGCGGAUGUGGAUGCAGGGAUAUUUACAGUGCUGCCUAUCAAGUGCAGUAAUUUAUUGGUUUUCUAUAUGGCCUUGGUUCUGGUUCUGUAUAUCGUGUCGGGUUUCAGGUGAAACUUUACUGUUUUUAUGCAGUCUUCCAUGUGAAUCUUAAGGAUUUAAGGGCUAACAUCAUUGGACUGUGGUAUGGAUUAAACAAUGAAUCAGUUA